AGAUGACUGUGCGUGUGCUGCGUUCACGUGCUCUUUUCACCUGUUUUUUUUCAGGAGCUGCCUAUUUUACACUGUUUUCUUUUUUCCUUCUUCACACCUUUAUUUGAUUUUUUUUUUCUUCUUUGCACCUUUAUGAAAUCCGUGGUGACGUCAUCAGCCUGUGUCAUGGCGGAGCGCCUGCCGCCACCGCGGAGCCGCAUCUUUAAAAUUAUCGUCAUCGGGGACUCGGGGGUCGGUAAGACCUGUCUGACCUACCGCUUCUGCGCCGGCAGGUUCCCCGACCGGACCGAGGCCACCAUCGGGGUGGACUUCAGGGAGAAGCUGGUCCAGAUCAACGGCGAGAAAAUCAAGAUCCAACUGUGGGACACUGCAGGACAGGAGCGCUUCAGGAAGUCCAUGGUGCAGCAUUACUACCGUAACGUCCACGCUGUCGUCUUUGUCUACGACGUGACUAACACCGCCAGCUUUCGCAGUCUUCCCGCCUGGAUUGAGGAGUGCAGACAGCACGCUCUGGGCACGGAGGUUCCCCGGAUCCUUGUCGGGAACAAGUGCGACCUGCAGGACUCGGUUCAAGUGAGCACAGAUGUGGCACAGCAGUUUGCUGACGCUCACUCGAUGCCUUUGUUUGAGACGUCUGCAAAGAAUCCCAGCAGCCAGGGAGAUGGAACCUUUGGCGGCGCAAACAGCGACCACGUGGAGGCCAUUUUUAUGACGGUGGCACACAAGCUGAAGUCGCAGAAGCCCCUGGUGUUGAGCCAGCCACAUCUGGAGUCAAGAGGCACCGUCAGUCUGGACAAGGGCCAGGAGGAUGGGGGGAAGGAGACCAGGAGCUGGGGGUGCGGCAGCUGCUGACUAGGGGGGCGGGUUCCUCCAGAGGAGGAAGUGUUUGUUCAAUGCCUACAUUACUGUGAAUGCUUUUUGAGGAAAAAAACUACACUUUGGUCCUCAACAAGAAGCCAAAACUCUAAAUGCUUGAUCAGUUCCUCAGCCAAACAGUCCACUUAUGGUUUGGUUUGCUUAAUGUGGUGAAGUAAAACAUUACUGUGUAGUUAAAGACGAGCUGAGUAACUGAAGAAAAUUUGCUUUAAGUAAGGUAACGUGUGAAUGGGGGGGAAAAAAAUCCCCCCUCCCUUGAAGCCCUUAAUGCGUGCUGCCUGCUGACCUCGUCUGUCCCCGAGCCCCCUACGUUCACUCGUCUGUGUGCAGAAGAGGUUGACGGUGUCCUGUUUCCUCCCUCUGAGCUGUGGUCUGUUCUGCUUUGCCUUGUGUGGGCGCGCUCAAAUAUGGUAUCGUGUCUCAUGGAAGGUUCCGUGACUUCACAACAUGCAUGUCGCGUCAGACACGUGCUACCACAGGUGUCAAUCCGAGUCCAGAAAGGGCACAGAGGGUGCAGGGUUGUGUGUAAGCACCACCUCCAGCAGGUCUGCUGUUCAUCAGUAACCCGUGGGAUACGGCCACUCCGUUACCCAGAACACAAACAUCAACUCUGCCACGUCCCGUACCGUACCUGUAGAAUCAAUGUUCUCAGAUAAGUUCCCCAUAUCUGUAGGCGCUUUACGACUGAAGGAUAAACCCUGGAAGUCACAGUGGAAGCACAGGUGCUGUUUGGGUUACCUUAGUGGGCGAUAUGAGAGCAGAAGUUAGCCCUCAGACGUUGUCCUGUUUUUAUCUGGAUGGAGCCACCUGGCAGGAGGAGGAGAGGGAGGCCAAAGAAGAUGCUUAUGGAUUUACUGAGGGAGGGCAUGCAGGUGCCUGGACAGACAGAGGACAGGGUUCUAUCAAGGAGCAUUUUAGUGCCGGGUAAAUUAUGUGAUUGUGACUCAUACCUUUGGGUUAGGGCUAACCCCAAUCAUAUAGCUUUGGGGGCUCCCUGAAGCUACAGGGUUAGGGCUAGCCCCGUAGCUUCAGGGAGCCCCCAAAGCUAUAUGAUUUUAUACCACUAAAGCAUUCUUGGCAAACCCUGUUUUAACUAAUUUUGGGUGGUUUUAGAUGCAUUGAAAGCAAGAA